AUGUCUGCUGUUGAAAUUUCCCCCGACGUGUUGGUGUAUAAGUCUCCAUUAACGGAGCAAUCGACAGAAUACGCUAGUAUUUCCAACAAUUCAGACCAGACCAUUGCAUUUAAGGUCAAGACCACAGCUCCAAAGUUUUAUUGCGUAAGACCAAACGCCGCAGUUGUUGCUCCGGGCGAAACAAUUCAGGUCCAGGUCAUCUUUCUGGGUUUGACUGAAGAGCCUGCGGGAGACUUUAAGUGCCGUGACAAGUUUCUAGUUAUCACGUUGCCCUCUCCUUAUGACCUCAAUGGCAAGGCCGUUGCAGAUGUUUGGUCUGACUUGGAGGCUGAGUUUAAGCAACAGGCUAUCUCUAAAAAGAUAAAAGUUAAAUACUUGAUAAGUCCAGAUGUACGUCCACCACAGAACCAGAAUAUACAGGAUAACAAAGAAACCGUUGAACCAGUAGCCCAAGACAGUGAGCCAAAGGAAGAGCCUUUUGUGGUAAAUGAAAAGGAGGUCCCCGCUGAACCGGAAGCUCAACCUCCCGUCCAAAUAAAGAAAGAAGAGGUCCCACCUGUCGUUCAGGAAACCGUUUCUAAUGAAAAUGAGAAGCAAGCCUCCAACAGCACUCCGGCCCCAAAGAACCAGAUAAAGGAAACCGCUACCGUACCUGCAGAAAAUGAAUCAUCCAGCAUGGGUAUAUUCAUAUUGGUUGCGCUUCUUAUCUUGGUUUUAGGAUGGUUCUACAGAUAA